CCUCGACCGAAGUUCGUUUAGAAGGCUCAGCGUGCUGCCUGGAUGGCGUCAUGAGGAGGGUCGACCGUCCCUGUUAGCGCUUCUGACCUCUCCUCUGCUCUCCUCUCAGCUCAGCCAAUGAUGGCUGCUGCCUCAUCGUGGAGCACCAAGAAGCGGCACCACUCGUCAGCCGCCUCCCACCACCCGUACCAGCCCAACCCCCCCUCUCACUCCCACCCGCAGCAGCAGGUCCAGGUGGCUUACUACGCCACUCCUCCCAGCAAUGUCACCAACGUGCCCUUCGGUGGUCACGCCUUCCAUCCCUCCAGCCACCAUCACUACACCCCGCCUGUGUAUGAGCCUCAGGGCAGCGGCAGCAGCAGUGGCAGCCCUUACAGCGGCCAGUGGCCCAGGAGUGGCAGUGGCCUGGGCAGGGUGACGGGUGGUCAUGUGUCGGGGGCGGUUCAUGGUGGCCAUUCUUCGCAUCAGGGGUUGAGGGUGGAGGGGCGCAAGGGGUCGUCUGGCGGGGACAGGCGGCAAGAUGGGGCAAGACAUGAACGACGGGCAAAUGUGAGGAGCGGAAGCGACGACACUCAUCCGGCCAUCACACUCGAGACGUCUGCAGCAUGCUGUCCAUGUGUGUGUGUGUGUGUGUGUGUGUGUGUGCUAUAGGUUGGUGUUGAAGUGACUCCGCCGUACCCGCCGCCCGCCAUGCCGGGAGCCAAGGAGUCGCCAAAGCCGCUCAUCAUUCCUGACGGAGGGGGAGGGGCAGGGGGCGGACGCAACAACACCGCCAAACACGACACCAGCAUCAACGGCAGCAGCAACGCCAAACAGACGCACAAACGGGGAGACGACAGCAAGGUGAGACCCGCCUUCACACAGAGGGAGAGGGAGAGGGAGGGAGACAGGGAGGCACAGCUGCACUGUUGCUUUCUCUCUCUCUGUGUGUGUGUGUUGACAGAUUCCCCCUCCCCCGUCAUCUGUGUCGCCGGCCAGCUCAGGCUCGUCAACUGGCGAGGGCAUGGCGAUUGGUGACCGUCGCGGUUUGGGUGUGUUCCAGCACGAGUCCGUGCAGCAGCUGGGGGUGUGGCUGGUGGACAUGCCAGUGGAGAAUCGCAAGCAGGCCCUGGGCGACGUCAUCUUCCCCAAGGUCUACCAUCUGCUCGGCGGGAAGGACACCGUCCUCUACCUAGCACAAAAGGUCGGUGAGCACCCCUCCUCCCUCCCUCCCUCCCUCCCUUGUCUCAGCUCACAUGUGCGCGUGUUGACGUCAUUCAUUAGGUGACGGGGAUGCUGCUUGACCUCGAUCUGAGUUCGCUGCUGCGUCUGCUGGAUGACCCGGCCGACCUGGACCAGAAUGUGAAGCUCGCCUUCCACGAGCUCCGCACCGCCAACGCUACGAACGUGCUCCACGACGAGCGCGCCCGACGGGAGCUCAACUCGCAGGCCGCGCAGCUGGUGCCCUUCUUCGCCCGCUGAUCUAUCGGAUCAAGAUGGACGGCCGGCCGGUGUGUGUAGUGGGGUAGAGGAGGCAGGCAGGUGUGUCGGUGUAUCUGGUGGUUGGUGGUGAGGGCAGGGUGGCAGAGCAGACGGCCGGCUGUCUCUCCCUCCCUCCCCCCCCUCCCUCCCUCCCUCCGUCCCUCAGUCUCUCUUUGUCCGUUGGUGCGUCCAUGUGUGUGUGUGUGUGAGUCUCGUGCGUGUGUCCCAUAUGUGUGUGUGUGUGUGUUGGAUCGUAUAUCGUACGCUACGGCCGGCCGCCCUGUGUGUAUGUAGCUACCCAUAUAUAUCUCUCCUUAUCGUAACGACACCCCGGUGUGUAUUUCUUUUGUCGUGGUUCUUGUGGUUGUGGAUCGAUCAGUGGAGGGGAGCGGAGAGGGGAGGGGGCCGGGGCAGAGGAGGGAGCGGGAGAGGAGAUAAGAGGGGCCCUCGUCUGUCUGUCUGGCUGCCUAACCGUCUGGUUGUGUGUGUGGAUGUCUGGCUAAUAUAGAUACCUACCUGCAUCGUGGUGUGGUGUGGUGUGGUUGUGUGUGGUUGGUUGCAGAGUUUUGCGUUUUUUGGUUCUCAAUUAAUCCAUGUGCUGUCUGUACGGCUGACUGGCUGUGUGUCCGUUUGUAUGUUCCAAGUGUAUCCCCUCUCUUUAUACGCACCAUCUAUGGGCUGGCUGUGCGGCUGUGUGGCUGUCUGCGCACCGACCGACCGACGACCGUUCUGUUUGUUUAUGGUCCGUUUGUCUGUCUGUCUGUCUGUCCUUUCUCACCCCACACACACCAAAAGAUACACACACGUGUAUACCGCCACACAGGCAAGGCAGGGCAGCGAGGCACGUUUUCACCACACACACACCACACUCUGACCACAAGACACGCACACAGCCUUUUUGUGUUGGAUAACACCCACAUCUCUCUCUCUCUCUCUCUGCAACCGCACCCACAAUGCACCCACGAUAGCACCCUUGUAUGACUGCGUAACGAGGGGAGGACAGAAGACGGAACACACGUAUAUCUGUCUGUAUGGCUGGACGUAUCCCUCAACGAGCGAUCAAGGAAAGGCCUUUGGCUGCCGUCCUGCAGGUCUCGGCCUGAUGCGAUCGAUACGAAUGCAUAUUUGUGUUUGUAUCAUAUAGCUAGACGUCCGCACACAGGCAGACAGGCAGACAGGCAGGCAGGCAGAGAGAGAUGGAGAGGCGACUGGCUAGCGAACCGGCAGGAAGGCAAGGCAGCCGACCGGUAACCGACAACCGGUGUGUGAGACAUGAGUG